CAUUUCUCUCUCACUUUUUUUUUCUUUUUGAGAUUUCCCUUCCAAGUGAUGUAAGCUAGGAUAGCCCGAGGCGCCAUUUCGUGAAUAAUUAUCACAGGAACAAUAUACGUCGGGCGAAUUGCGACCAACAAAUCUACUGAAUAACGGAAGCCACGGGCACGACGUGGUUAAUUAUUCUCUAUAAAAAAUCAACCCAGUUCAAACCAAUCAUCAGUUGUUAAUCUCAGACUCGGAGUGUAACGAAACAAGAUUUGGAGAAUGUAUCGAGGAUUGCAGUAUUUGAUAGGUGUUAGCUUAGUGUUGCUGGUAAACUCACAGGGCGCAGACCCAGUCAUUAAUUAUGAAGAAAUAUGCAGUCAGUGUAAAGGUCAGGGGUCAUGUGAUGUCCCAGUUGUGGGUCAGUGCGUGCAGUACUAUAGAUGUCAACUAGUUGAAAACAACUGGUAUGUUGAACAAAUGAAUUGUGCUCACGGAACUCAUUUCUCCGAAACGUCAGGCGGAUGUAUACAGCCAACGGAUGCAAACUGUCCCUAUGAACCCUGUAUGAAUGAGACGGGCGGAUUCUACAAAUUGGAAGGAUUUUGUCGUUCCUACUGGGAGUGCAAGUCUAGGAAAUCACGAGGAAUAUCCGAGGCCCAUUGUUGUCCUGUCAACCAGACCUUUAGUCCUGAGGGAAAGUGUGUCGAUGAUCCCGCCUGCGACAAUCUCGAGGAAUGCACCACUCUUCCCGGAGAUGUAAUCAUGAUUGAUGAACUUUGUCCGGAGGGGAGGUAUGGCGCAGGGUGCAGAUAUCAAUGCUCAGAACAUUGCAUCGGUACCUGUGAUUCCUUGAACGGAGAAUGUGCAGCGUGCGCUACUGGAUGGAUGGGUUCUAAAUGCACUGAGGAAUGUACCUAUAAGAGUGUUGCUGGUAACGAUUUUCUGUACAUGGAAUUAGCCGGUGAUAUUGAGUACAAACGCGCAUGCGGCUUGGGAACAAAAUUCAACCAGGAGAAGUGCAUCUGUGAUAAAGAUCCAAACUACGUCAGAAACAAUGAGUGCAGACCAGAUGUUGAAAUAGCGUUUGAGUCAGGAAACCAAAUCAAAAACACGAUUGACUGGAAGUGGAUCGGUGGCCAGUUCCGCUCCAUCCCCGAGACUGCGCAGUUCGGAGACAAGGUCUACACCGUGGGUCGCUUUGACGGCAGAUCCUCCAACCUGUACAUUCCAUUUUACAACCGCAACACGGAGAUGAGGAAAAAGUUUGCAACUGAAAUACUUUUCAAUCCAGACAACGGAAAAGGCGAAAAGAAACAGAUCUUAGUAUCCAAUUGUCAGAGUAAUGGUAACAAGGUCUUAGCGCCAUUCGAAAUCACCCUGUUGAAAGACACCCAGGAUAUUGAGAUAGCUUUACUAGGAGUCCCAUCUGAAACAGCUUCAACAGCCACCCCCGAGUCCUUUACAUUGAAUAUGAAGUACAAGCCUGACAACUGGAACAAACUUGAAGUGGUGUUCAAUGGAGAGAAGAAUUCUCUGGUUGCACGGAAUCUGGAUUUGACCGGUGAUGUGAUUAGCGAGGGAAGCACAGCUGUUCAAAAUUUCCUUGACACCGGUCUUGACCUUCGAGUAGGUUGGUGCCCAGACAAAGGAUAUUUCGUGGGGAAAGUUGCAAUGGUACGAGCUUAUCUUUGCGAGCCUCAGUUUGAACUAACCUCACAGCCAGCAACACAGCCAGCAGCACAAUCCGCAGCACAGCCAGCACCACAGAAUACAGAUGUUCCCUCUGAAACCGCCCCAGUCGUUUAAUCCAGACAGCAACCACACUAUGACAUUCAUGGAAGAAAUAAGAGUCUCUAAUUCCAAUCAACACGAAUCAUGUUAUCAUUAUAUGCCUCAUUUUUAUGCCCCAUAUCUUCCACGCCAUAAAACGGAAGGAAUAUAGGCAUCCAGUUUCGCACAUCUUCGGAUUAUCUGAAUUCAGAGUUGGCAGAUAGAUGUAACAUGGGCUGGUGUUAUUGACACUGGUCCUGCCAAAUUCGACGUCAGUGUAGCUUUGAGUUCAUCUUGCGUGUGUUGCCCAUGUUGCGAGCGACUACAUGUAGAUGACGCCAAGCACUAAAGCCACUAAAAGUUACUGUGCAAUUCACAACUGACUAACUGAUUUCAUAGAUUGGGGUGCAAAUAAUUACGAUCACUCUCAUUUAGGUAGACACAGAAUUGUUCACAAGAACAAUUCUAAAAUGUAUAUUGAUAUGCAUAGGAAAAGAAAUGGUGUUAUGGAUUAAUUCUAUUAACUUCAUUCUUGCUCCACUGAAUUCAACUGUAAUCUUCUAUACAUAGAAUUUCCUCAUUAUAACAUAAUUAGGGGCAUAUAUCAUUAGGCAUUUUCUAUUCCAUGUAGAUAUUUUAAAUAUUUAAUUUUUACUUCAUUGUACAUUUCAGUACGCAUAAUAUCAUUUUCAUUUGUUUAUAAAUCUACGUUUUAUUUAUUACAACAUGCCGUUCAGAUUAUGCGUGCUACACCUGACAUCUGUAAAAGACUUGACCCCAGGCAUUAAAUGUUGAUAAAACACCUGGAGAAAUCCUCAACAUUUUCCCAUUGUUACGUUUUGUUAUAUAAAAACCACACACUUGAAAUAAAAUUUAAAAAAAUGAU